AUGAAAUAGUAUUAUUUUCUGGUCAGUACCCACAAAAAGGAGACUUUUUUUUUUCUUCAAACAUCAGCUGAGAUCUGUGAUAAGACAGUAACUCCGAUAAUAUUAUAGACUAAAAAAAGACUCCAUUUUUACAUCAAAGAUCUUUCUUUAGUGCUUUUUUCAUCUGUUUUAUCCAUUGUAGAAGUUCUUUUUAACUCUAGCUUCUAUUAAUUAAUUUUUUUCUGUCAAUUCUGGAAAGUUUACAUUUUUAUGGUAGUUUUAGCUAUGGAUAGCAGUAGCUGGUGGAGUAGUUAUGAAAGCGUAGUGAAGACUUUUUACCCUUUGUUUUUGGGUCAAGUAGUGUCUUUUGUUAUGGCCCUUAUGAGUUUCACUUCUUCUCUAGUGGCAAAUCUUGGUGCAAAUACUCCACUUUCCCUGUCAUUCUUAUCUUACACAGCUAUAGCUUUGGUGUAUGGAGGCAUCAUGAUUUACCGGAGGCAGAAAUUACAGGUUCCUUGGUAUUGGUAUGCCCUUUUAGGUUUAGCUGAUGUCCAGGGAAAUUUUCUUGUAAAUAAAGCAUAUCAGUAUUCAUCGAUCACCAGUGUCACCAUACUGGAUUGCUGGACAAUAGCUUGGGUGAUAAUUUUGACGUGGCUAUUUUUGGGCACACGAUAUUCUUCAUGGCAAUUCUUUGGUGCAGCAGUAUGUUUAGGUGGUCUUGGACUUGUGCUUUUAUCAGAUGCUAAGGCGGGUGGUGGAAGCGGUGGUUCCAAGCCUCUUCUUGGUGAUAUAUUUGUCAUAAUAGGGACAUUUUUCUUCUCAAUGAGCAAUGUUGGUGAGGAGUUUUGUGUGAAAAAGAAAGAUCGUAUCGAAGUGGUUUCCAUGAUUGGUCUUUUCGGCUUGCUUGUUACUAUAAUUGAGAUACCAAUCUUGGAAAGGAAGAGUUUGGAAUCAGUCGAGUGGUCUCCUGAGCUUAUUUUAGCUUUCUGUGGCUAUGCAGUGGCAAGCUUUAUGUUCUACACCUUUGUUCCCUUUCUUCUCAAAAUGAGCGGAUCAACGUUGUUUAAUCUAUCUCUUCUCACAUCUGAUGUGUGGGCAGUUGUAAUUAGAACCUUUUUCUACAAGCAAAAGGUUGAAUGGCUGUACUUUGUAGCCUUUGCACUUGUGGUUACUGGGUUGAUCAUAUACUCGAAAAUGGAGAAAGAGCCUGUUAGUGCAUCUGCUAUUGAAGAAGCAAAUGCUGAUGAUCAAAGAUACAAACUUCUUAAUGAAGAUGAAGAGCAGGCUGAUCAUAGACAUGAUGUUACUGCUUCAUGAGUAGUUGUAUAAAUCAAGAUUCAGUUGUAUUACAUGUAUCAACACAUUAUUUAACCAUACAAGAGAAACUCUGGAAUUAUAGAACUUCUAUACAAUUGGAGCUUCUUUUU